UUAUUAAAGAUCAGUUCUCCACACUGACUGAUGACGAGGUGUCCGUGUUAUUCUGUUUUCUGUGUUCUGACUCCGGUCCUCCUGACUUUACUGACACAGAGUGGCUGGACAUGCUUAAUGAGAUACGACAUGACGUGAACCGUACAAAGAAUCCUGUAACACGUGAGGAAGCACAACAGACUCUGGACAGACUGAAGUCACAUGAUUACCUCUGGGAAGAUCAGGAUAAGGUAACGGAGGACACAAAGGAUGAGACAAUGUAUAGGAUAAAAUCGAUAAACGAUGUUAUACCAUUCAUUUACAGUAGUUAUGACACAGCCAGUGUGUACCUGAGAUCAGAGAGAUACAACAGAGAACCUAGAGAGAAGUGUGUUACUACUCCUCUUUACCCUGGUUCUCUUUACCAUGUUUCCUUACUGAUACGCCGUCUACAGAUGAACAUACUGACUCACGUCACCAUGAAGGACAGGAUGAUAUAUGAUAAAGUGUCUGAGAUCUUAAAUGUUCCUAUGAGUAUUGUAAGGGGAAGAGAACAAGAUAGAAAGGAUUUUCAAGAGAAAUUAAAACAGGAAGGGGAGAGAAUCCAAAGCAGAAAAGCAGCAGUGGACAGUGUAGAUCACGUGACGUGGCUCUGGAGAUACGGGGGAUACAAUAGACCUGACAUUGUGAGAUCCUGUAUAGGUCUACAUCAACACAAUGAUAUUUACAUCAUCGACAACCAAGCUUACAGAAAACCAAGUGAGUACCACGCCUAUUCACCUGAAAUAAGAUAUCUUCUGUACUGUGUUCUUCUGGUGGACGAUUAUUCUUUUGAUGACAAUGAUCAGGCCAACAAAGUACUGAUGACUAAACUUAGAGAAAAAUAUUUCACAGAUAUACAUUUAAGAGACGAAAUAAACUUGAGGGAUAUUCGGGAGAAAGUCGUUGAUAAACAGGGAAACACCUUUAAAUUUAAAUCAGAAGAUAUCAGACAUGACGUCAUGUACGCCUUUGUUACGGAGUGUCUGGUGAAGGACAGUGAUCUAGAGUUUUUCCUGACCACGGCGUCACGUGACUUGAUAUCAGAAUACUGCCGGUCCUGGUGGUAUGAGAGGAGUGAGGGGGAGAGAUGUCUAUAUGUACCGGACAAGCCGGAUAAGAUGUAUGACCUCUUCAUAGACAAACUACAGCUGGACAUCAUCACACACUGUACCGUGUCUGACUGGAGGAUUCAUGAAAGGAUCAGUAAACGUUUAAAUAUUCCGCUAAAAAUAUCUCAGAGGAAUGAAAACGAAUGGAGAGAGUUUCAAAACAACUUGAAAUAUGAAGGGGAGAUUGUGCAUUUCAGAGGAAGGUCUCUUAAUAAUGAAGAACACGGGAGAUCAAACAUCGUAAGAUCCUGUAUAGGUCUACAUCAACACUGGGAUAUUUAUAUCAUCGACAACAAAGCUUACAGAAAGCCGAGUAAAUACCACAAGUACUCAUCUGACUCAAGAUGUCUCCUCUACUGCCUUUUAUUCUUGGAUAAGUAUGCACUCAACAUCAAUGAACAAAGUCAUAAAAAUUUGUGCAAAACAGUCAGAGGAAGGUAUUUCAAAGAUCUGGCAUUAUGCAACGAAAUUAAGGUGCCAGCUGAGCUGAAGGGAGUGGUCAACAAACAGAAAAGUUGUUAUAAGUUUAAAUCGGUGGAAAUCAGGCAAGACGUUAUGUACGCUUUUGUGACGGAAUGUUUAGUUGAGGAAAGCGAUCUGGAGUUUUUCCUGAAGAUGGCAUCCAAACAUGUGGUAUCAGAGUACUGCAGGUCCUGGAAUUAUGAAAGGAGUGCAAAUGAGAAAUGUUUGUAUAUACCCGACAAACCAAAGGAGAUGUACGAUCUCUUCAUAGACAAUUUACAGGUGGAUAUCUUAGUACAUUGUUUCAUGUCAGAGAAAGAGCAUCAUAGUAAUAUAAGGAAACGCCUGAAUAUACCUGAGGAAAUUUUCUCGUGGGAUCUCAGUGCUAGAAAACGAUUUGUUGAAAUCUCCCAGGAAGGAAGAGUAGAAAUGUUCCGCGCUAGAGGAAUGAUCGUUGGAUGCGCUGGCGCUGGAAAAACAACUCUCCUUGAAAACCUAAAGAGGGUAAAAAGGAAUAAUGAAUUCGAAAAAACUGAGACAACUGUUGGCCUGGAGGUCCAUGAGGAUUUGUUCGAAAUCAUAGACGACAAGCUAAUGGAUUUCAGUACCAAUGAAGAUGGGCUGCCUAUCAGAGGAAUUCAAUAUGAGAGCAGUCAUGGGAAAAAGUUGAUUAGCAUGACUGACUUUGCAGGACAAGUAGCUUAUUAUGCCUGCCACCAAGUUUACUUGUCAAAAAGAGCGUUUUAUCUCAUUGUUAUCGAUAUGUCCAAAGAACUUAAAGAAAAAGUAUGCAAGCACAAUGUUGACCGUCAUAAUCCAAAAGGAUCUUUAUUCCAUGCAUGGAAAUACAAAGAUUAUUUUCACUUUUGGCUCCAGUCUAUCAAGACUUACUGCGAUGAAGGCAACACGCAACCAACAGAUCUUGGUAUAGCAAGCCAAGGUGUUUUCCAUCCUGUAAUUCUUGUUGCAUCCCAUAAAGACAAGCAGAAAAGGAGGAGGAAAAGGGGGUCAUUCUUUGACCAAUUGAAUAAAAGCUUGUCUAAAAGUCAAACUUUGAAAGAACUAAUUUCUCCCAGAAGAUAUUUUGAGGUCGAAUGUCCAGAAAAAACAUUGACAAAUGAUCAAAAAGAAAAAAUUGAAGACGUGAGGAAUUGUAUUGUUGAAACUGUAAAACAACUUCCUCAGUGGGGAGAAAAAAUUCCACUGAAAUGGGCAAAACUUGAAGAAUUUCUUCGGCUGAGGAAGAAUGAAGGGGUCAAAUGUAUUAAAAGACUGGAACUUAAAGCCAAUGACAAAAUUGAUUUAUCGAACGACGAUGAUCUUAAUGAUGCACUCCGAUUCUUUCAUGAAAUAGGACAACUUAUCUAUUUUUCGGAGAAAGAAAUGAAGAAUGUAAUUAUCAUCAACGUUCAGUGGUUCGUCGAUGGAUUCAAAUACAUCAUAACAGACGAGACUCAUUUCGCUAAAAUAGACUGGUAUAGUACACUUGAUAAGGCGGGAAAAAUAACCGGAAAAGAAAUAGAAGAAGUGUGGAGAAAAGUCGAUUCAGAGAAAUUCUAUAUUAAUCAUAAACAAGAUAUUUUGCCAUAUCUGGAUAAACUUGGCUUGAUGACAAAGAUUCAAGGUAAAGACAAAGACGCUAAUGAUGAGCUGUUUUAUAUUCCAAGCAUGAACAGAAUAGAUCUUGCAAAAGAAUAUGAAGAAACAAUUAAUCGAGGACGAAAAACGUCCAUUAUACUUUUCCAUUUUAAAACGUAUUUGCCUCAUUUUUUCUUUUUUCGAUUAGUCGUGAAAUGCCUAAAUAAAUGGAAAGCACUCGAUAUGGAGAUGUUUUGUAAAAAUGCAGCAUUUUAUAAGGUGGACGAUGCAAGCCAUUACAUUGUCAUUGCCGUUAACAAAACAUCCAUCCAACUGCAGGUGUUUACUCCUGAGAAAGAAAUGGCGUUGCAAACCGAGAGUGUUAUAGAAAUAAAAGAAACAGUAAAGAGUAUGAUUCAUGAGAUAACGCAAACUUUCCACAGGCAAACUAAGUAUGAAAUAGGAUAUACCUGUAAAGAUAUAAAAAUUACAGAGGAAGACGAGGAGUGCUUUUUGACAGAAGACGAGGUUAUAGCGCUAAAAACAGAAACAGGAAGAAGACCUUGUCCGAAACAUGUCAGAAGAAAACAGAGACACACCAUCGAUAAAAAUAAAAUACUGCGGUUUUGGCGGAAGGAAGACACUGCUUCUUUUCCAAAAGACAAUUACCAAACUAUUAAUGAAUCUGAAUUAGAAGCAGACCCCUGAAUAAAACAAUGAACAGAAAUGCGAUGCUUUGUAAUUAAUCAUUUAUAUUGUUUGUGUAUUUUAUUCGUUCCUACUAUAUUUAUUGGGCAAGUAAUAUUAAAAUAUUUGUUGUACAGUAAAAAAGUUGUUUUCCGAUAACUAUUUUUUUUUAUAGAUAUUAAUAAUAUUUUAUGCUCGUACUUACUUAACUCUUCUAUAACUGUUCAUGAAUGAAAAUACGUCGUGGCUAUAAUGUUUCUUUACUAUCAAAAAUCUAUCUUAUUUAUAAAAAAAUAUAUAUAUUCACAAAGUAAUCUUUUAAUUACAAUAAAAUUAUUAAGCGGAUGAAAUUCGUGAAAAAGGUAAUGAGUAAAGAUGGAACCUUUUUAUCCUGGUGUUAUGUAAAUGAUUUUUAAGUUUGGGAAAAAUUAUACAUUCACCUUCUAAAAAAGUACACACUGUGGAAGCAAUAAGCAAUUUUUAUAUCUUAGCCAAACAAUCGAAAAUAUUAAUAAUAAUUCACACAAAACAGUCAUCAUAUAUGGUUCAUUAACAGGUUUCUACUCUAUGUUGUGCAUUCAAUGUGAGUAUUUAAACUUUAAUUCAUUUACAUUCAACAAAAUCUAGGAUAUAUAGGUUAAUUUCAGUAAUUUACAUUUCGGGGUAUAUACUGAAAGGCAACAGUGGUAAAUUAAAUAUGUUAAUUAACAUCAUUCUUUCUUAUGUCUAAGAUGUAAGACUAUCUUAUAAAAGCAGAUUUUUAAACAUGUUAAAGAUUGAGUUCAUUAAGUGCCGAAUUUAGGACUACCUUAUACACAUGAUUUAUCAAAAGUUGCAUAUGUUUAUUUGUUCUUCUGUCUGUAAGAAAAUAUAACCCUAAUAAAUGAAUUUAAAGAUUA